UUGCCCCGCCGGAGGAAGUGGCGGUGCCGAAGCGGGGGCAGCGGCUGUGCUCGGCGACACCCGGGGCUCAAAGAUGCCCAAGAAGAAGCCGGGGCCUAUCCAGCUGAAUCCCGCACCGGAUGGCUCCGCUGUCAACGGCACCAGCUCGGCGGAGACAAAUUUGGAAGCACUGCAGAAGAAGUUAGAAGAACUAGAGUUGGACGAACAGCAACGAAAGCGCCUUGAAGCUUUCCUCACCCAGAAACAAAAAGUGGGCGAGCUGAAGGAUGAUGACUUUGAGAAGAUCAGUGAGCUGGGAGCAGGAAAUGGUGGUGUGGUCUUCAAAGUAUCUCACAAACCUUCUGGUCUCAUAAUGGCAAGAAAGUUAAUUCAUCUAGAGAUCAAGCCAGCUAUUCGAAACCAGAUCAUUCGUGAACUGCAGGUUCUACAUGAGUGCAACUCUCCAUAUAUAGUAGGUUUUUAUGGAGCCUUUUACAGUGAUGGAGAAAUCAGCAUUUGCAUGGAACAUAUGGAUGGUGGCUCCUUGGACCAAGUACUGAAAAAGGCUGGCAGAAUUCCCGAGCAGAUAUUGGGCAAAGUUAGCAUUGCGGUGAUAAAAGGACUCACAUAUCUGAGAGAAAAGCACAAGAUAAUGCAUAGAGAUGUUAAACCAUCUAACAUUUUGGUAAACUCUAGAGGUGAAAUCAAGCUUUGUGAUUUUGGUGUCAGUGGACAACUGAUAGAUUCUAUGGCAAACUCGUUUGUUGGCACACGCUCCUACAUGUCUCCGGAAAGACUACAGGGGACUCACUAUUCAGUGCAGUCGGAUAUCUGGAGCAUGGGACUGUCGCUGGUAGAAAUGGCUAUUGGCAGAUACCCAAUUCCUCCUCCAGACUCCAAGGAGCUUGAGUUAAUGUUUGGCUGUCCUGUCGAGGGAGAUUCUCCAGUCACGGAGACCUCACCCAGGCAAAGAACACCCGGCCGACCAGUGAGCUCCUAUGGACCAGACAGCAGACCCCCAAUGGCCAUAUUUGAACUUCUUGAUUACAUCGUCAAUGAGCCACCUCCCAAACUGCCCAAUGGUGUCUUUGGUUCUGAAUUUCAAGAUUUUGUUAACAAAUGUUUAAUUAAAAAUCCUGCUGAGAGGGCAGAUUUAAAGCAGCUGAUGAUUCAUGCUUUUAUUAAGAGAUCUGAAGCGGAGGAGGUGGAUUUUGCAGGAUGGCUCUGUUCAACCAUAGGCCUUAACCAACCAAGUACACCCACGCAUGCUGCUGGAGUCUGAAUCUGGAAGAGCAAAUCUUGUACUGUACACCUGUCGAACAACGCUAUUUUGGUCCUAUUUCCUAAGCUUGUACCUGUUCAAACGUGUAUUUCACCUCUUAAGGAAGAAUGUCUUUAGCAUGUGCCAAACUGUUUGAAAACUUGUCAUAAACUAAUUGGUAUUGUAUUGGGUUACAUUCAUUUGUUUACUGACCAAAAUGUGGAAUGUUUAAGUUAAAGUGCUUGCUGAUUAAGUGAUUAUGGAUAUUCUUUCUUAAUGAAAAUAUUGCUGGCGGUUCUUACCCCCAGUCUGUUUGAACUUGAUAUCAAGAUUCUUUGUAAAAUGUUGGUACUCCAAUCAUGCUUACCUAAUCUCCCAGGCAAAAAGGGUGAGAGACCCUUAGAGACUGUGUCUGUCGAGCAUGCUUUUGCUGCUGCCAAACUGUAUCUGAAAGUUAGGUCUAAUGGUUCCAAUUUUGCUGUUGUUUAGCAAUCUUUUCCACAUAAAGAAGGCAAGAGCUCUGUAUUUCUCAGAAUAUAGAGCAAUAUUCUAAUUGUAGACUUGUUCAUAUUUCUAUAUUUAUUUUUAAAAAUAUCAUCAUAUUGGGAUUGUUUAGUGAUGUACGUCUUUCUAAUUGAUUUUUAAAAGUUAGUUCUUUUGAAGUGUCCUACAGAAUCAAGACACAGAUUCAGUCAGUUUACUUCCUUUUAACCUAAAGAUUCAUGAAAACUGUCUAGUGUCUAAAGUGGAU